AUGAGGUUAACCGCCGAACUCAUCCAAGCCUCCCUCUCCUACCUCAACCCCCUCAAAGAGCGCGAACUGGAUCUCAGAGGACACAAACUACCUGCGAUUGAGAAUCUGGGCGUUGCCAAGGAUCAAGACGCUAUCGACUUCACCGACAACGACAUAACAGCCCUCUCCAACUUCCCGCUCUCCCCUCGACUACGCACGCUCCUCCUCGCGCGGAACAGGAUCAAUAGCAUACAACCCACGCUUGCAAACUCGUUGCCGAAUCUCACCACCUUGAUUCUGACUUCCAACAACUUCGCCGAGCUCGCGGAUUUGGACGUGCUGAGGAACUUCCCGAGGCUCACGCUUCUAUCGCUACUAGAGAACCCUGUCACGAGGCGAGAGAAUUAUCGGUAUUGGAUAAUAUGGCGCUGUCCCACCGUCCGCUUCCUCGACUACCAAAAAGUGAAAGAUGUUGAGCGCGAGAAAGCUACGGAGCUGUUCGGCACGGCCAAAGAGCCUUCGGCGCUCGCUUCAAAGAUCAUGGGCAUCAAAUCUCGCACCUUCGACAUCCCCUCCACCUCUCUGGCCAAUGGUACCAGUAGCGCUGGCGACAAAUCGUACCGUGUAAAGCUGACGGACAAGGAGAAGAAGAGGGUAGAGGGGCUGAUUAGGAACGCGAAGAGUUUGCAGGAGAUUACGAGGUUGGAGAAGGAGCUGAAUGAUGGACGCAUCCCGCAAGGAGGGGGUGAUGAGAUGGAAGAAUGA